AUGUCACUCCCAGACUCGAAAAAGAGGCUAGCCCUCUCCAUCAUCGACUUCCUCUCUACAUCCCUCAAAGACGGUACACUGACCGCGGACGAUGCCGAGAAUGUCGAGUUUGCCACCAACUGUAUCGCGGAUGCCUUCAAGGUCGAUCCCACCGACAAGGCCGCGGUUUCAGAAGCCGUCGGGGCCCAGUCUCUGUUCAAUAUCUUUUCCGUCUACGAAAAACUGAAGGAUCCAGCGGGAACGGCAGCUGCUUCGUCAACAGGACCGACCACCGGUGCCAGCCCCUCGACACCGGAGGCGGAGAAGCUCAAAUCCGCUGGCAAUGCCGCUAUGCAACAGAAAGACUACAAGACUGCGAUUGACAAGUACACCCAAGCCAUUGCGUUGUCGCCGACCAAUCCCAUCUACCUGUCCAACCGUGCGGCUGCUUACUCGGCCUCGGGCGACCAUGCUGCCGCUGUCAAGGAUGCCGAGAUCGCCGUGGUUGCGGACCCGAAGUACACCAAGGCAUGGUCACGUCUGGGUCUUGCCCGUUUCGCGAUGGGUGAUGCGCGGGGUUCGGUGGACGCUUACGAAAAGGGCAUUGAGCAUGAGGGCAAUGGUGGCAGUGAGGCCAUGAAAAGGGGACUGGAGACCGCGAAGAAAGAACUUAGCCGCAUGGAGGCAGAGGAAGACAACAUGCCUGCUGAGGGCGUGGAUGAUGCACCAGGCAAUACCCGUGGAGGCGCGCCGGGAGGCAUGCCCGAUCUCUCGGGGCUAGCCAGCAUGCUGGGCGGCGGUGGCGGUGGUGGAGGUAUGCCAGACUUGGGAGGUCUCAUGAACAACCCGAUGUUCGCGGGAAUGGCCCGCAACAUUAUGCAGAAUCCCGACGCGCUCGGCAGCAUCAUGCAGAAUCCCAUGGUUCAAAACAUGCUGAACCAAAGAAGGGAAGGUGGCGGUGGAGGUGGGAUGCCAGACAUGAGCCAGAUCCAGCAGAUGAUGCAAGAUCCCGCCAUGCAGAACCUGUGA